AUGGGGGAGAAAGCGGUGCGAGUCCUGGAAGCGUGUCGCGAAGGCGAUGUUUUUCCUCUGAUUUGCCCCAACGCCCAUCAUGCAUGGUGUCAAAUAUUCAACGUAUCUGCGCUGCAAGCUUCUUUCUUUGUUUAUUCUGGCCGACACCCUAAUGAAACUAAGCUGAAUGUUUCCGCACCCACAGGAAGCAAAUACAGCUUAUUUGUUGGUACAGCCUUAGCCAUAAGCUCUAGCAUUUUCAUUGGUUCCAGUUUUAUCCUGAAAAAGAAGGGCCUUUUGCGAUUAGCUGAAAAAGGAGCCCUUAGAGCUGGACAGGGUGGAUAUUUGUACCUGAAGGAAUGGUUAUGGUGGGCAGGGCUGCUAUCGAUGGGAAUAGGAGAAGCAGCAAACUUUGCUGCAUAUACAUUUGCACCUGCAACUUUGGUAACCCCACUGGGUGCGCUGAGCGUUCUUGUGAGUGCAAUAUUAUCUUCCUGUUUGUUGGAGGAGAAGCUCAAUAUUCAUGGGAAAAUGGGCUGCAUAUUGUGCAUCUUGGGGGCCAUUGUAAUAUUAAUUCAUGUUCCUAAUGAGGAGGAAGUCAUGUCGUUGGAUGAAAUGGGACCAAAGCUGAAAGAUCCAGUGUUCAUUACAUUUGCCCUUUUUAUCAUCGUGAUCUCACUAGUGCUCAUUUGUUUUGUUGCUCCCAAAUUUGGUCAAACGAAUAUUCUGGUCUACAUCUCCAUUUGUUCACUGAUUGGCGCAUUCUCCGUCUCCUCUGUCAAGGGCCUUGGCAUUGCAAUUAAAGACCUGUGGCAUCACAAGCCUGUCCUCCGUUCUCCACUGGUAUAUAUUUUGGGGGUGGUGUUGGUGAUGUCUGUCAGUACACAGAUUAACUACCUCAACAAAUCGUUGGAUGUGUUUAAUACCUCUCUGGUGACGCCCAUUUAUUACGUGUUCUUCACAACCACUGUGGUGAUCUGCUCCGUCAUCCUUUUCAAAGAAUGGAAUAGUAUGGCGCUUAGUGAUAUCAUUGGGACCUUGAGUGGAUUCGUCACGAUCAUUAUAGGCAUUUUCUUUCUUCAUGCUUUUAAAAACAUCAGCGUCACCUGGAAUCAGUUGACAUCUGCUGCUAAAAAAGAUCCCGGGUUGCCUGUCUGUGGUUAUGAUGUUCAUCAUACUUUGUUGGAGAGUGCCGAGACAGGUGAUGAGGACAACACGCUAUUCAGCCAAGGAAGCGAGCCAGCGGAUGGCCACCAUUCAUGA